UUGGUGCCAUGCUAUUUGCCAUUGCUUCUGCUGUCAGAAUCAGAGAGUCACAGACAGUCACCCAGAAGGCAGCUUACUGGCUACUUCCACCAUCAAUUGACAAAGUGGGCUACCACAGAAUCCAGGACAUUGAUUUCACCUCGGCUAGAACCAAGAAAAAACAAUUGGACCAUGCAAUCAGUAUUUUACCAGCAACUCCUGAAGUUAGAAGUAGACGCAAACUCCCAACCGUAGAUGAGCCCACUGAAGAUGAGAUGAUGGCCUUGUAUCAAACGCUAGACAAGUCUGACUCCAUGCCAGUAUUGCUGUCACUUAAACCUGGAUUUAGCAAAAAGUACGUGCCCAAAGUACUAAGCAAGAAAUAUCCCGAAGUCCUCUCAGAACUACAGGAUGAGAACUAUGUUACCGCCUUACCGGAAACUAUUUUGAAACAUUGUACAACACUGUUCUCGGAAAUCAGUGUGUCCGAAGAAGAAGCCAAAAAUGUGGAGUCGGCUAUCAGAUUGCAAUCAAGAUGCAAAGCAUGGUUUUCCUUUCGAACUGGUCGAAUAACAGCUUCACGUAUGAAAUCUGUAUGUCGAACCUCUGUCGACAAACCGGCCAAAAGUCUAAUCAGGGACAUUUGCUACCCAUCUACCACAGUGUUCAAAUCAAAAUACACUGAAUGGGGUUGUGACCACGAGCGCGAAGCUACAGAACAAUAUCAAGCGAAAAUGUGUGACAUUCACGAGAAUUUCACGUUGCUGGACAGUGGACUUGUUCUGCAUCCGAACUAUCCCUUUUUCAGGGCAACACCAGGCGGGAUUGCUAAAUGCGACUGUUGUGGAACUGUUAUCGUUGAGAUAAAGUGUCCAUACUGUAAACGCAACUCCAAAGUUGACGAGACUGUAGAUUGUCUUGAAGUCCGGGAUGGUGAAUUGAGAUUGAGCAGGAAGCAUGGUUACUAUUACCAGGUGCAGUGUCAGCUUUUGGUCACACAGCAGGAGUACUGUGAUUUCAUAGUAUGGACACAAGCUGAUUAUUUCCAGGAGAGGAUCCAAAUUGACAUGGCAUUCUGCAACACACUUGUUGAUAAAUCGAAAGAUUUUUUUAUCAAAGCAGUCCUGCCAGAGCUAGUGGGGAAGAUGUGCUCCAGACCUAUGCCAGUACCAACGUCCAGACAACACGGCCACCGCUGUCAGCACGAGCCGUGA